AUGAUACUUGAAUGUUUCAGUCUGACCGGUCAUUUGCAGCGAUCAUGUAUUUCGAUCCACAACAUCCGUCUACUAAACCGCCAGACGCUGAACCGUCCCGACAACUUUCUGGAGGAGAAGAAUACGAUAAUAAUCAUUCUAAAGAUGGCACUGAAUCGAAGAGGUUGUCUCUCGAGCAAAUAUCUCGAAUUCACGGCAUCAUCCAGCAAGCAAUUUGCAAAUCAACUGGUCAUCGAAGUGCCUGUCAAUACGUACAAAAAUGCGAAAAAGAUCAAAGGAGUUGGAUCUGCUCAUCGCGAGACGAAACACUUUUCAAGUACAACCACAAUGCACGGUCCAAAAAGAAUAUUUUAUGGGAAAGGAGUUGCUCGUGCAUUUUGGAUUCUCAUCGUUGGACUCGCGUUGGCAAUGUUAUGCUUUCAGAUUUUCGUUCUUCUUCAGAUGUACUUUUCGAAACCAACAUUAUCACAAGUUUCGUUCAUUGUGAAUGAGGGAGGAAUGGAUUUUCCAGCUGUCACUGUUUGCAAUUUCAACCCAAUUAAAAAAUCAUAUGUACGAGAAUUGAAUGCAUCUGGAGAUUUGACAGGGGAAACGUUAGAAUAUCUUCUACAGACAAACAUGGAUGCAAUGUUUGUGUUUAGUAAUCUAGAUCGGCAUAAUUUGAAAAAAAGUGAGAUCAUUUGGGAAAAAAUUGAAAGACAAAAGUGUGGAAUUUCAGCACAUGACGAAGCGGAAACAUACUUUCAAAACCAUACAGACUUUCAAAUCAUUAAUUUUCUGAGGACCGCUGGAUACGAUUGUGGAGAAAUGUUUCUGACAUGUUAUUUCGGAGGAAGAAGAUUUGAUUGCUGUAAAUACAUGAAACCAAAAGUCACAUCACUAGGAAAAUGUUGGGAACUGGAUCUUCAAAAUCUGGCGCCUGAAUGGAUGCGAAAACAAAUAUCUCCUGGAAGUGAAGCAGGGCUUCAAAUGAUUGUUGAUGCACAAUUGGAAGAAGAAUUAAGAGGAGAAAAUGGAGAUGCAAAAGCGAUUUUCUCAGAUAUCUAUGAAAAUGGAUUCAGAUAUUACAUUCAUCCGCCAGGAGCAAAUGCUGAGUUGUCAUCAGAAGGUAUUAGUGUUUCCCCUUCAAGAACUGUUUACUCUGCUAUCAAAACUGUCUCGCACAAUCUGUUGAGUCGUCGAAAUUGGGGAAACUGUUCGGAGCAUUGGCCAGGGCACUACGAUACUUUCCUUUACUAUUCCGCAUCCGCAUGUCGUGCUCUUUGCAUUGCUCAACACUUCAAUAACACAUGUGGAUGUGCUCCAUUCACUUACAAUGUUGAUGGAAAGAAGAAGAUUUGUGCUCCUUACGAGUCGAUAACUUGUAUGGAUGAAUAUAUGCUUCGAAAAGUGAAUGGGACGGAUUAUUUGGAAUUGCCAGAUUGUACAGAGUGUCAUAUGGAAUGCCAAAGUACCAGUUAUACAUCAUACAAUUCUUACGGAGAUGGAUUCAACAGAGGAUCGUUAGAGUGGUUGAAAAAAAUUAGUAAUAAAACAGAAUCGCAUAUCAAGAGCAAUGUGGCAGUCAUCAAUAUAUUCUUUUUGGAGAUGUUCUACACUUCUUACUCUCAAGUUCAAGCAACAUCUCUUACCGAGAUUCUAUCAGAUAUUGGUGGUAACAUGGGAAUGUUCCUGGGAAUGUCAGUUAUCACAAUCACUGAACUAACUUUGUUCUUCUCAAAGAUUUUCUGGAUUAUGGUUUCGAAGAGAAGAAGGCAAUACAUGUACUCAAAGAAAAAGAACGAGAAGGAAAAAGAACAACAACUGGAUGAUGCAGUCAAAGAGUUUCAAGAACGAAGAUCUAGAAGAAAUUCUAGAGAGAAUAUAUCGGCACUCAGCAACUACAGUAACCGAAUAAUGCCGAUUGAAGAAUUCCAAAAGAAGUUUGCUUACAAAAACGGGAAUUCAGAAGAAAACCUUUCGUCGGCUAGUUUGGACAGUGUUAUUGAGCUGAAAUUCGACAUCAAUGAGUUACGUCGCCAGUUAAACCAGCAAUCUUCGGAUGGCAUCGCCAGAAUCCGGUUACCAAAUCAGACAACACGUCCCAACUCGACAAAUCUAGAAAAUUAUUCAUCAACUCCCCCGAUUUUCACAAUAGAACCGAGCUCCAGAAGAUCCUCUCAAACGCCAUCUCCUCCUUCGAAACCUCCGAAUUCUCAGUCACCGAAAUAA